AUGUUACACCAGAAACAAAUUAUAGAGGCUCUUGGGAAUAAGAGAGAAGAGGGACAACUACCUAGUCAGCCCAUAGAAAAUCCAGGGAACCGCCCAACAAUAGGAUUUCAGCAAGGGGAGUCUAGUAGUAUGAAUCUAGGAAAAAACUCACGAAAUGAAAAUGUUAGGACAGUGAAUGCAUUAAGGAGUGGUAAGAUCUUACUUGAUCCUUAUCCCCAAACAUUAGAAGAAAAAGAAAACGUGGACAACUCAAAACAAAAUCAAAUAGGAGUAGAAGAAGAUUUUAUAGAUUCUACUAAGGAAAUUUCGAAAGAGAGGACAACCAUUCUAUUUCCUAAAGCUCUAGAGCCUAGACAAAGAAAGAAAAAAGAACACAAUGAAGAAAUAAAGAAAAUUUUACAAGAUGUACAAAUUAGUCUUCCUUUACUCACUGCCAUUGAACAUAUUCCUAAAUAUGUUAGAGUUUUGAAAGAAAUGUGUACACCAAAAAAGGCACCUAGAGUAGAAAAAUUAUCUAUGCAUACUAGUGUAUUAUUAUUAAAUCGAUUACCAUAUAAAUUGAAAGAUACAGGUGCCCCUUUAAUUUCGUGUGAUAUUGGUGGAUUCAUUUUUCAAAAUGCAUUACUUGACACCGGUGCUAGUAUUAAUUUAUUACCUACAAGUAUUUGUGAUAAAUUUAAUAUUUCUGAUCUUAAACCUUCUAUUGUUACCUUACAAUUUGCUAAUAGAUCCAUAAAACAUCCUAAAGGUAUUUUAAAAAAUGUGAUAGUAAUAGUUAAAAGGUGUAAAUUUCCAGCUGAUUUUGUAGUGCUGGAAAUAGAUUUUAAUGGACAGUUUUAUGAUACACCAAUCAUCCUAGAGAGACCAUUUUUGCAUACAACAAAGAUGAAAUAUUGAUUUUCCCAUAGGUAUUGUGAAAAUUUCAUGUGGAGAUCAAUCAGUAGAAAUUAAAAUUUUUGAGGUAUCAAAUGAUCUUAAGAAAUCCCAAGUAUAUGAUUGUCAUACUAUAGAUCUUCUAGAUGAUUUUGAUGAUUUAGAUGUUAUUGAUGACUGUGUGUUGGAAGAAUUAGAGGAAAUAGAGAAUACAAAUUUAGAAGAAAAGAAAGAGGAAGAUCAUUUGAAUUUAGAGUUCAAACCUCUUCCCUCUAGUUUAAAAUAUAUGUUUUUGGAGGAAAAUAAUUCAUUUCCUAUUAUUAUUGUAGCUGAUUUGAGUGAUGAAUAG